UCAGGUACUGCGAAAAGGCCGGAAGAGGAAACGGAGAAAAACUAAGAAAUGAGCCCAAAAGCAAGCAAAGAAACAGCAGCCUAAAUGCAAAGGCAAGUACGCAGUGAAAAACUUAAAAAAAAAAAGAAAGAAAUUUUUCUAAAAAUAGAACAACUCCGAUGCAAAACCCCAAACACAAGCCAUCUCUCCUUUUCACAAGUUUUCGAAAUCCCACUUUGGAUUUCUAAUUUCCAUUCUCUUUUUGUAAAAACUUUUUCUCAGGUUUCUCUUCUCCUUCUUAGCAUCAAAUUAUACAAAUUCCUUUCCAAAUUCUCUCUUUCGUUUUAAAACGCGCAAUCGAAAAUAAAAGACUGCGCGGAGACACAGAGAGAAACUAUCGCGUCUCUUUAUUUCUUCAUUUGUGUGUUUGGUUGCAUAUUUUAUGAGAUCAAUCACAAAAUAGUUACUGCUGCUAUUUUUGAGAUCUGGCUCUCACUCCUUUUUAACAGACGAAUAAGUAACGGGAGAAGGCAAUGAAGAGAACAAGAGAUGAUAUAUAUGUAGGUUCGCAAUUUAAACGGCCUUUUGCAUCUUCUCGUGGUGAAUCCUAUGGGCAGUCACAAAUUCCAGCAAGUGGGGGAGGAGGAGGGGGAGGGGGAGGAGGAGGGGGAGGGGGAGGAGGAGGGCGGCAGUACUUGUAGAAACUGACUACCAAUGAUGCCUUAACUUAUCUGAAGGAAGUGAAGGACAUGUUUCAAGAUCAGAGGGAAAAAUAUGAUAUUUUCCUUGAGGUCAUGAAAGAUUUUAAGGCUCAAAGAACUGACACUGCUGGUGUCAUCGCAAGAGUGAAACAGUUAUUCAAAGGUCAUAACAACUUAAUAUUUGGAUUUAAUCUUUUCUUACCCAAGGGUUAUGAAAUAACCCUCGACGAGGAUGAGGCUCCACCAAAGAAAACUGUUGAAUUUGAAGAAGCGAUUAAUUUUGUGAACAAAAUAAAGAAACGUUUCUACAAUGAUGAACAUGUAUAUAAAUCAUUCCUAGACAUUUUGAAUAUGUACCGGAAGGAGCACAAGGACAUAAAUGAGGUCUACAGCGAGGUUGCUGCUCUUUUUGAGGACCAUCAAGAUUUGCUUGAUGAGUUCAGGAGAUUUCUUCCAGAUACGUCAGGAGCACCCAUGACCCAGAAUGCUCCAUAUGGCCGGAAUCCCCUCCAACGUUACAAUGAGAGAAUCUCCACUGCACCGACAUUGCGGCAGAUGCAUGUGGACAAGCAACGUCGGCGGGAUAGGAUUGUUACUUCCCAUGGUGAACGCGAUCUUAGUGUUGAUCGACCUGAGCUGGAUGAAGACAAAACAAUGGCGAAAAUGCAUAAAGAACAGAGAAAGCGCGCUGAGAAGGAAAAUAGAGAUAGGAGAAAUCGCGAUGAUGAUGAUAGGGAGCCUGAGCAUGAUAGCAAUAAGGACUUCAGCUUGCAGCGUUUUCCUGACAAAAGGAAAUCUGGCCGGAAGGGUGAAGGUUUUGGAAUGAACUCUAAUAUUUCUUCUUAUGAUGACAAAGACAAUUUAAAGAGUGUGUACAACCAAGGAUUCAUAUUCUGUGAGAAGGUUAAGGAGAAACUAGGCAGUUCAGAUGAUUAUCAGGCGUUUUUGAAGUGCCUUAAUAUUUACAGCAAUGGAAUUAUAAAAAAGAAUGAUUUACAAAAUUUGGUGGCUGAUUUACUCGGAAAGUAUCCUGAUCUUAUGGAGGAGUUCAAUGAUUUCUUUGAGCGACGUGAGAAUAUUGAUGGGUUCCUUGCCGGUGUUAUGAGUAAAAAAUCACUAGGUAGUGAUGGACAUGCAUCUAGAUCAUUGAAAGUGGAGGACAAAGAUAAAGAGCAGAAGCGUGAAUUGGAUGUUGCUAAAGAAAAGGAAAGAUACAGGGAGAAGUAUAUGGCAAAAUCCAUUCAAGAGCUUGACCUUUCUAACUGUCAACGUUGUACUCCCAGCUAUCGGCUUCUGCCAGAUGAUUAUCCAAUACCUUCGGCAAGCCAGAGAUCAGAGCUUGGUGCUCAAGUUUUAAAUGAUCACUGGGUCUCGGUGACUUCUGGAAGUGAGGAUUACUCUUUUAAACAUAUGCGCAGAAAUCAAUAUGAAGAAAGUUUGUUCAGGUGUGAAGAUGACAGAUUUGAGCUGGACAUGUUGUUGGAGUCUGUGACCUCCACAGCUAAACGUGCAGAGGAAUUGUUAAACAGCAUCAAUGAAAACAAAAUAGAGGCUCCGAUCAAUAUAGAUGAUCAUUUUACUGCUCUAAAUUUAAGAUGCAUUGAGCGUUUAUAUGGAGAUCAUGGUCUAGAUGUCAUGGACAUAUUACGUAAAAACCCAACUCUUGCGCUGCCUGUUAUAUUAACUCGCCUAAAGCAAAAGCAAGAAGAGUGGAUGAGGUGUCAAGCGGAUUUCAAUAAGGUUUGGGCAGAAAUCUAUUCAAAAAACCAUUACAAAUCACUGGAUCACCGUAGCUUCUAUUUCAAGCAGCAAGAUUCAAAGAACUUGAGUACAAGAUCAUUGGUGUCUGAGAUCAAGGAAUUGAAAGAGAAGCAGCAGAAAGAAGAUGAUAUUCUGUUAGCUUUUGCUGCUGGUAACCGACAACCUGUGGUUCCACAUUUGGAAUAUGAGUACUCUGAUAUGAGCAUUCAUGAAGACUUGUAUAAACUUGUCCAAUAUUCAUGCGAAGAGAUUUGUUCAACCAAAGAACAGUUGAAUAAAGUUUUGAGGCUCUGGACAACAUUUCUGGAGCCACUUUUUGGCAUUGUUUCUCGUUCUAAUGCCAUGGAGAAUCCUGAAGUUGAAAGUGAGACUGGGUCUCACUUGAUCAACUGCAUUACAUCAAACAUAGCAGAAAAUGGUGCUGAUCCUACUAUAUCAAAUUCUAAGCCAAGAUCAGCUAUCAUUGCAGAUGGAAACACUUCAAUAGAACCUGCAAGCUGUUGUGGGCCCAGUUUGGCAAAUGGAGAUAGUUUGGCUAGAGAUAGUUUAGUUGAAGUAAAUCAUGUGACUAAAGAUGAUCUGACAUCUAAUUCGUUUAAUCUAGAAAGAGAGCACAAGGAUACUGAUGUGAUUGACAGAAUACCUGGAUUUAACACACAAGUUACCUCUGGUAAGGGAGUUCCUGAUUCCAAAACAUUAAUUAUGGUAGGAGCAGAACAAAGUCAUGGAAGAACCAGUGCCAGUGGUGUUGGAGGAUCUGGUUCAACAUUGUCCAAUCUCAAUGCUGCUGCUUCUGAGGAUCAUAAACCCAAAGCUGGCAUUGACAUCGCACCUUCAUCAGACGGGCUUCAGGGUGGUAUUGGUGCUAAAUCUGUUUUACCAGCUAAUGGAGCAUUGGUCGAUGGUAAUAAAUCUAGUAGAUAUCUUGAAGAAUCCAUUGAACUGUCCAAAACUGAAAAAGAGGAGGGUGAAUUAUCCCCUAAUGGUGAUUUUGAGGAGGAAAAUUUUGCUGCCUAUGGAGAUAAUGCUAUGCAGUCUAUGCCCAAGGGAAAGCAUAGCAUUGAAAGCAGGCAGAAUGAAACUAGAAAUAGGGAAGAAUUACAUUCUCAGGACGCUGGAGGAGAAAAUGAUGUGGAUGCUGAUGCUGAUGAUGAGGAUAGUGAUAAUGCUUCUGAGGGUGGCGAUGAUGCAUCUGGAAGUGAGUCCGCUGGUGAUGAAUGCUCCAGGGAAGAGCAUGAAGAGGAUGACGAUGCAGAGCGUGAUGAUGUUGAUGGGAAAGCUGAGAGUGAAGGUGAAGCAGAGGGAAUGACUGAUGCACAGUUUGCUGGAGAUGUGCCAGUAUCAGAGCGUUUUCUUUUGUCUGUUAAGCCUCUUGCGAAGCAUGCUCCACCAGGUUUGCCAGACGGAGAAAGGAAUGAUUCUCGGAAAUUUUAUGGAAAUGAUGAUUUCUAUGUGCUUUUCAGGCUUCAUCAAGCUCUGUAUGAAAGAGUUGUAUCAGCAAAAACAAACUCGGCCUGCGCUGAAAUGAGAUGGAGAGCUGUUAAGGACUCUAGUUCUGAAAAUCCCUAUGCAAGGUUUCUGAGUGCACUAUAUGGUUUGCUUGAUGGAUCUGCUGAUAAUGCCAAGUUUGAAGAUGAGUGCAGAGCUAUUAUCGGAAAUCAGUCAUAUGUGUUAUUUACACUUGACAAGUUAAUAUAUAAGCUGGUUAAACAGCUUCAAACUGUUGCAGCUGAUGAUAUGGACGGUAAGCUUCUUCAAUUAUAUGAAUAUGAAAAUUCCCGGAAGUCUGGGAAGUUUGUUGACUCGGUGUAUUAUGAUAAUGCACGUUUCCUUCUUCAUGAGGAGAAUAUUUAUCGCCUGGAAUUUUCAUCUGCCCCAUCUCGUUUGUCCAUCCAACUGAUGGACAAUGUAACUGAGAAGCCUGAGGUGUUGGCGGUUGCCAUUGAUCCUAAUUUUUCAGCAUAUUUGCACAAUGAGUUUCUGUCCAUAUAUUCUAGCAAAAAGGAGCCGCAUGGCAUUGCACUGCAGAGAAACAAGCGAAAAUAUACUGGUGUAGAUGAGCAUUCUGCUCUAUGCAUGGCCAUAGAUGGUGUUAAAAUGUUCAACGGUUUGGAGUGUAAGAUUGCUUGUAAUUCAUGCAAGAUCUCCUAUGUUCUGGACACAGAGGAUUUCUUCUUUCGAUUGAGAAAGAAAAGCAGAAAUUCAUCACAGGUCAAAUUUAGUUAUCAGGAUCAGGUUCAGACAAGAAUACAACGCUUCCACAGAUUCUUAUCAGCUUCUUGUUAAUUGCUGAUUUUGUUUCUGUGGGACUCAAGCUCUUGGCACAGUUGAAAGUAUAAACACUUUCUUGUGACAGCUUCCUCAGGUAUGAUCUGUACGAAUUUUCGAAUUGACAACUUGAGAAAGGGAAUGGCUUACGAAAGUCUCGGGAGUAUAAUAUCUUGUAAGGGAAGCAUAUGCCUGAUGGAUUGUCGUGUAAAUAGGGUUGAUGCAUGAUAAUUUUGUAGAAAUAUAUCUAUUUAUUGUCCAUCUCUUCUUGUAGGGCUCUGUUUCACGUUAACAGUUUGUAGACCUGAGUUUACCAAUUAAGUUCCCAAGGUGGAAUUAAUUUAAUCUUUAACUGUAAAUUGAUAAGACUGGGUGACAACUGAAAUUAUCUAUGUAAAGUUCCCAGUUUUCUUUCGUAGGCCUUUCCAUUGGCGGCUUUUUAUACAUCAGGCACCAAGCAUUAUGUUAACAGAUUUGAAGAUGUACUUAUUCAACUCUAGUAUUUUUCUGGACCA